AUGCACAAACCGUUAGCAGAGCUGGCGGUCCUGUUGGGGGUCGUAGCUUUGUGUUACGGUGCAGUUCAGGGACCUGAUUAUGAUGACACACCCAACCCGGAGUUCCUCAACCCGUCCUGGAUGUCCAGCAUCCCCGAUGACCAGCCGCUGUCUGAGGUCACCAUGCCCGGGACGCACAACACCAUGUCCCUGUUUGGAGGCGUGUACGCCGAGUGCCAGACCUGGACCCUGGCCUCCCAGCUCCGUGCCGGCGUUCGCUUCCUAGACAUCCGUGUGCGUCACGUCAAGGGGAACCUCACCAUCCACCACGGGGUGUCCUACCAGCGGGCGCACUUCGGCCAUGUCCUGGAGGGUGUGGUUGAUUUCCUUCAAGAGUACCCGAGCGAGACGGUGCUGAUGCGUUUGAGGGAGGAGUUCAGUGAGACGGGCGACAUCUAUGGAGCUGUGGUAGACUACAUCCAUCGCUACGCUCACUGGGACCUGUUGUGGCACAGCCGACUUGUGCCGACCAUGGGUGAGGCCAGAGGGAAGCUCAUCGUCAUGCAAGAAUUUUCCGGACCAGACCUGGGGAUGCGCUACGGUUCGAUGGACAUAGCUGAUGACUGGAAGGUGCCCACGCUGAUGCAUGUGGAGAGUAAAUGGCAGAGUGUCUAUAACCACCUGGAGGCUGCACCGACUGGAAACAAGGCACAGAUUUUUCUCACCUUCAGCAGCGGCGCCGGUGUGUUUGCACAUCCCAGAGCCGUCGCACAGUGCGUCAAUCCACAGCUGUACAACUACCUGAAAUCUAAGGCGGGCCAGAACCUUCGCUUCGGAAUCAUCUGCAUGGACUUCCCCGCUGCUCCGAUGAUUCAGAUGAUCAUUGACUUCCAAAUAAAACAGGUCAAACAGAGAAGGCAGGCCACUGAUCAAAUCCAUAGCAAGUCAGGUUUGAAAUACACGUCACUGGCAAAGAAGAUGAUAAAACGUUUUACUGCUAAUGUCUGAGCCAGAUUGGAGUCGUAGCUCAGACUGAACCUCACCGAGAAGAACAUGACUUUAAUUAAACCUGGGAUGAAACUUGUCAGAGUGUCAAAAGACGCCCUGAACAGAAUAAAUGUCACAUUAAAAAAUACAUCAGAAAUGGCAGCAUGUGAGGUUUUGUGCAGUA